GUGCGGCCCACUUCUCAAAAAUGGUUGCGCACAUCUGCUCUUCAUUGUCGACCAGCCUACUAGAAAUAGCAGCCAAAUUUCUCUCAAGCUGCACUCAACCAUUUUGGUUUGUCUUAGGGCUAAACACCAACAACAAUUAACAAAGAUUAGACUAUUACCAUAUAAAUACAACAUCAUGACCUGGGAAAAGCUGGAUACAUUAGUUUACUAUCUUCAAUACAAGAGAUUGUUAUAAAGAAAGACAACCAUGGUGAGUUUACACAAGUUAAAAGUUACCACUUAGCAUGCCCGAUGCCGAUUCAGCAUUUUUCGGCUGUCCAUCCUCAAGUAAUUUGCAAAUGGCACAAGAGCAACAGUUUCAUUCUCCCCCGUCGGCAUUCGUCUCAAUGGUUACAACAAUGGGCCAGACGAAGCAAUCUACGCUCCAGGUUAAGAAAGAUUGGAAUUGUCUUGGGUGGAGUUAUGAUGUGUGGGUCAGCAGUUUACCUCGAAGUUAAGAUGUUAGAUGAAAACCUGCCCUCCUUCAAUAACAUCUCUAAUAUGGAUCGUAGAUCUGAAUCAAAAGUUUCUCAAAGUUUCUCUCGUAUCGCUGACCUAAACACUGGCCCAGUAAAAGUAAAACCAAGAAGUGAUAAGCUAGCUGCUAUUCUACCCUGGCUUAUGUCGCAGAGCAAUGACCACUGGAAUCUUCUGAAACUGGCACAAUCAGAGAGUCGCCUUGCUCGAAUUGUUGGAGUCAAGAGACUUGUUCAAAAGACUUGGGAAGACUAUGAAUACCGAGAGAUACGGCAAGCAGCUGACUACCGAACUUUCAUUGGUCUUGCACGCUCAGAAGAUGCUGAUAUGCGGUUUUUCAGAAAGCCUCCUCAGAUUACUGAUACAAAGCGGGAACUUUUAACAGAAUUACGAGAAUUGCUAUCAAGUCUUCCUGUGACAGAAGAUCCAUGUGUUGGAUACUUCACUUCUGCAGGUCUUCAAAAAAAGGAAUCUAGAGAUUUAGGGAGAUUGUUCUGGAAUCUAGAAAAUGCUGACAGUGUUGAAGAUAUCAAUAAAGAUAAUGCUGCUAACUCAGAGUUGAGCAUCUUAGAAAGUCUUCUGGAGGCCAUAUUGAGACAGUCAGUGAUUGGAAAUAAUACAGUGGAAAUAGUACACAAAGGUGGACUGGCUCUUUUACGAAGAUCUCUGUUGAGUUACCCGGACAACGUCCAUCUGCAGCAACUCUGUGCCCGUAUCCUUGGUAACCUUGCCUUACUGCCAGAAACCCAUGAACAUAUUGUCCAAAGUGGGUGGGUGAGUAUCCUUGUGAAAUGGUUGAAAUCUGUGGAUAUAGAUGUUUGCCUCAACACAGCACGUGCCUUAGCCAACAUGGACAUUGACAGUGCCUCAGCCAUGUACCAUGAUGGUAUUUAUGUCCUCCAUCCUAUAUACAGAUCCAAGGAACCCAUAUAUGCAGAUGUUGUGUUUGUUCAUGGUUUACUUGGAGGUCCAUUUAAAACGUGGCGACAAGGAGGUUCUGACCAGAAAAAUAUUGCCGAAGUGGAAGAGUCAAUAUCUCAAGGUCUCUAUACUCGAUGCUGGCCAAAGAGCUGGUUACCUCAAGAUUGCCCACAUAUUCGGAUUCUUACAGUCGAAUAUGAUACCUAUCUCAGUGAACUAUCAGCCAUAUGUCCAUUCGACAGGGAAAAGCGGUCAUUAUUCGUUCGAGCCAAGAUAAUUCUUCAAAAGUUGCGCAAAGCUGGAAUUGGUGAGCGACCCAUUAUCUGGAUCGGACACUCUAUGGGGGGUAAGUUGAACCCAACCUUUUCUGUCACUCAACUCUUUUUUAGUUCUUUUCUGAUUUUUAUUUUUGUUUAUUUUUUUCUUUUCUGACCUUGAAUUAGAGAA